AAUGUCGGUGGUUGAAAUAUUAUCUCAAAAUGGCAUACUCAGUUUCAACUGUGAAUAGUAGGUGAGAAAGUAUCGGCUUCUACUCGUUUAAUGAGAGAUACGAAAUCUCUGUAAAUACUGACGAAUUGUGUAUCCGAAGAAAUAAUGAAAAGUGUAGUUGUCCUCUUGAUUUUGUCCUCAUGUAUUGGAAUAAAUGAAGCAGUUGAAGAUAGUUUAGUGUUUGUAUACACAAUCUUUCGGCAUGGAGAUCGAACUCCAGAAACCAACAACCUUUACCCAACCAGCCAGUAUUAUAACGAAUCGUUCUUCAUGCCAUAUGGAUUCGGACAACUAACAAACAAAGGCAAGCUGACAGCAUUCAAAGUUGGACAAGAAUUGAGGGAGCGAUACAAAGGUUUUCUAGAUGAAACGUAUAAUAUAAAAUUGAUAGAUGCCAGGAGUAGUGAUUUCAAUAGAACGAAAGCCUCGCUGCAAGUCAUGUUGGCAGGUUUGUUUCCACCUACUGAAGAAUUGGUUUGGUUGGAAGGCAUGAAUUGGCAACCCAUUGCUACAACUUAUGUAGAGAGGACAUCUGAUAAGGAGUUGUUUUGCUUCGGCUGUCCUGCGUGGGAUCCAAAUUAUGAUGAUUUUCAAUAUAGUGCCCAAGGGCGAGCACUUUUAAAAGGCAACGAAAAUAUUUUCGAAUAUAUCACCAACAAAACUGGAAAAACCUACAGGCAGGUGCUCGAUGUAUAUUUCUUAUAUUUCGGAUUCGCAAUACUAGAGAGUUUGAAUGAAACUUUGCCAGAGUGGAGUAAAUCGGUUUACCCAGAGAAGAUGGCGAAUAUGUUAGGAAUCCACUAUGAUUAUAUGACAUCUACUCCAAUUUUGAGGCAGAUGGCUGCUGGGUAUCUCUUGAAGGAAAUUCUUGAAGACAUCGAUGACAAGAUUAGUGACAAAUUUCCCGUGAAAAAGAUGUCAAUUAUUUGUGGUCAUGAAAACAACAUAGCUGCUCUUCUUAGAGUUUUAGAUAUCAACGAAGGAUACAAUUCUCUUCCCCCAUACGGGGGUUAUAUUCUCUUUGAAUUGCAUCGCAAAGACUCUCAAUAUGGUAUUAAGAUUUUUUAUCAAAAUUAUAAAACAGCAGAACCAAAACUGAUGAAACUUCCGGAAUGCCAAGAAUUCUGUCCCCUGGAGAAGUUCAAGCAAAUAGUAGAGAAAGAUAUUCCGGUCAGCGAUGAAGUUUGCAGACCAAAGUCAGCAGCGUCUGGAAAUUUACCACUUCAAAGUAUAAUUAUAUUUGUAGUUUCUUCCAUAGUCAUCUUCAACAGUUCUACCUUUAUCGAAUUUGGCAAAUGAAAAAUGUUGAUUAUUAUAUUCAUUUAUUGUACAAACGUUUCACAAUUUGGAAAAAUUAAUAUCGUAAUAUAGAACUCAC